AUGGACUAUCUCACCAAAGAUAUCCAAACUCCCUUGCCAUGGUGUAUUUUAUACGCGGACGACAUUGUACUCAUAAAUAAAAGUGUACGACAACUGCAAACGAUCCUAGGACAAUGGAGGCAGGCUCUGGAAAGAAAUGGACUUCGCAUCAGCAGAUGUAAGACCGAGCAUUUAGAAUGCAAGUUUAGUAGCGAUACCACCAUCUCCAACAGGAUCUAUAUCGAAGGUGAUCAACUUCCAAAGGUAUCCCAAUUCAAAUAUCUCGGAACGAUGCUGACAGCCGAUGGGGCCAUUGAAUCCGAUGUCACUUACAGAGUCAACGCUGGCUGGCAAAGAUGGAGAGCCCUCUCUGGUGUUCUUUGCGACAGAAAAAUGCUGAUUAAAGUCAAGGGCAAAGUAUACAAAACAGCCGUGAGACCGGCAAUGAUGUACGGUGUACGAACAAAAAUUACAUGUGGCAGAGAUGAAAAUGCUGAGGUGGGCGGCAGGAGUAACAAGACUUGA